GCGAGAAACAGAAACUAGGAGCGUGCGACUGAGAAUCGCUAUCCAUGGCCGAAUGAGGCUAGCUCCCCGGGAGGCGAUGUAUCGGACGGCCUUCGAAGUAGCAGUGACCGCCCUCUACUAGAGCGCCGGAAGAUGCCCUUGUCACGGCCGCCCCCGCUCCCGGGGGGUAUCGCUUCGCUCGACUUUUUGCAGACCUAUUUAAAUGGAGACGGUGAGCACUUGCCGCCCCUGAAGACCGGCUGCGCGGCUCUGAAACAGGCGGAGCCAUUGGGAGGCCGUAUCGCUACUCUUGAGGAGCCGCGUCAUCUGCCAGGACUUGGUUCAACGGCUUCAACCGCUUCGACGGCUUCCGUUGUCUCGGUAGCUUCGGUCGCUUCCCUGGCCUCGAGUUCAAAUAGCCAGUCGAGCUCGCCCCUGGUGGCGGCCAAAGGCGGCGCUCCGGAACAAGCACGUCAGCCCCAGGCGGGUGGUAACGCGGUCCAGCCCGCGAGCCAGCCAGCGACCCAGCCUUUAGUCAAGCCCAAGAUAAUUACCGUCACGCCGAGCAUCGCGAUGAAGUUCUAUAUGGACAAACUCACGCCCUACGAGCACUUCGAGAUCUUCAACUAUCCACAGAUUUAUUUCAUCGGAGCGAACGCUAAGAAGCGGCCGGGAAUCAUCGGAAUGAAAAAUAAUAGCGAUUACGAUAACGAUAAGGGCUCUUACAUUCAUGUAAUCUACGACCACGUGGCCUACAGAUACGAGGUGAUCAAGGUCAUUGGGAAGGGGAGUUUUGGCCAGGUGGUCAAGGCCUAUGACCACAAGAACCACGAGCAUGUCGCUCUGAAAAUGGUUCGGAACGAGGACCGCUUCCACCGACAGGCCCUGGAGGAGGUUCGAAUUUUGACGAAACUGCGGGAACAGGACAAGGACAAUACCAUGAACGUUAUCCACAUGUUCGAUUCAUUCAGCUUCCGCAGCCACAUGUGCAUCACGUUCGAACUUCUGAGUAUGAACCUCUACGAGCUCAUUAAGAAAAAUAAGUUCCAGGGCUUUAGCCUACAAUUGGUGAGGAAAUUUUCGCACUCACUACUCCAGUGCUUAGAGGCCCUUCAAAAGAAUAAGAUCAUUCACUGCGAUAUGAAGCCGGAAAACGUACUGCUGAAGCAGCAGGGUCGCAGCGGCAUCAAGGUGAUCGACUUUGGCUCGAGUUGUUACGCGAACCAGCGAGUCUAUACGUAUAUUCAAAGCCGCUUCUAUCGUGCUCCAGAAGUUAUCCUUGGCGCAGGUUAUGGGAUGCCUAUCGAUAUGUGGUCCCUCGGCUGCAUUCUUGUGGAGCUUUUUACGGGUAUUCCCUUGCUUCCUGGGGAAGAUGAGCCUGACCAAAUGGCUUGUAUAAUCGAACUCCUGGGUAUGCCUCCUGUACGGCUCUUGGAGAAGGCCAAGCGUUCUCGGCAAUUUAUCAGUACUCAGGGCUAUCCACGUUACAGUGGAAUUACAGUUAAAUCUGACGGCAGCAUCGACUUUAACGGAGGCCUUUCCAAGCGAGGCAAGUUUCGAGGUCCACCCGGCUCUAAAGAUAUCAAGCGCGCACUCAAGGGUUGCGAUGAUCCGCUCUUUAUCGACUUCAUUGAGCGUUGCCUCGAAUGGGACCCAGAACUCAGGAUGACACCCACGCGAGCUCUCAAGCAUUCCUGGUUGAAACGUAGAUUACCGAGGCCACCAGAUGCUAAUCACGAAGGAAAAAGUUUAUCGGCUAAAAGUCAGCAACAGCCACAGCAACCAGGAAUACUUGAUUUACCCAGUCAAGAGAGCCUCCAACAGAGUUUACCACCUCCAACUUCACUCCAGGGUAGCGGAACAAUGAGUCUGCGUGCGUGCCCGUCUGACAAUAGUCAAGCUUCUAGUAAAGCAACAAGUUGUUGCAAUCUCCAACAUCAGCAGCUGCUGCAACAGCAGCAGCAACAAGAAGAGGAACGACAAAAGAGGGAUGGUAGACAGCAAAGUGAUAGACUGAUCAGGCUGUUCGUGAACAUGGAAACCAGUAACAAUAUCAAUAACACUAGCAAUGGUGCAUUGAACAAAAAUCGCCGUAAGCUAUAUACGGAGCUUUCAAGAUUAAACUUUUCCGAUACAUGUGAACCUUCAUUACCGGCUUAUCCAUAUAAGGCUAAUUCGCAGUGCCACUCGAAAGCUCUGUGGGACAGUUUAAGGUAAGCCUAACAGAAGCUUGGGUUCGGAUUUUUUUAUUCUUCUUUAGAUUAGUACCUUCCCUACUUUUCUCCGUACAUGCAUUAGGUAUAGCUAUUUGUACUAAGAUCUCCGGUUAUCAAAUGCGGGCCAAAUAAAUAUCCAACUCGGUCACUUACGUAAUAACCAAAUAAAUUAUAACUUCAUUUUGAGGCUUUUGUCGCUCUAAUCUCA